CACUGUCCUCUCCCCUUUGGUGUGGAUAUGUGUUCUCCCUUCCUUGACUGGUGGGAUUGGAGGGAAGCAGACUGUUCUGGUUUCCUCCAAAUACCCCCAAGUGCUGUAUUGCAUAGCCCGUAUACAAUGUGCUGGCUGGCAGAUGGGCAGCAGUGGGGAGAGCUUGUUGUAUCUGAAUUUUAAUUACACACGGUAAAGACUCAUUGCUAGUUUAGAGAAAGCUACUCCUCAGGCUUGCUUUCUUUCAGCGAAGGGCAUUUUAUCCAAUUAGAGGGAAAUUAUCACAGGCCAAGUUCCUAUCUCAGUCUCUGCAGAUUUGCCAUAUAAGAAGAUGCUAAUUAUACUUACCUAAUGGCAAUAGACUCUGCUCCAGUAGAGGAGUCUUUUUAAACUCUUGGUCAUAAAACUAUUCUACAUAUACAUAUUAAUUAAAGUGAAUUCUCAGGACCUCAUAUGUAACCAUAUCCAGCUUCAACAUUUAUUAAUUCUUACAGCAAAUUUUAUACCUCUACCCCAAACCUAUGCUCCCAGAUUAUUUAGAAGCAAAUCAGACAUCACAUUAUUUCAUCCAUAAAUAUUUUGAAGUAUUCAGGACUCCUAGGAGGAAUAUUUUUCAAACAGUUUACCUUUGAUUAAUAAAAUUCUUAUCCUACCUGGAAUCCAUAUUUUGUUGCCUCAAAACUUGAAAAGUGUUUGGGACUUACACAGUAUAUUGAAUUUGUAAAACUUACAUGGAGAAUUGGAUUGUGUGAGUUAGCUCUACCCCAGUGAUUAAUCUAUUCUGUACACAAUAGCAUCCAUGGUACAGGAACGCCCUUCCUUGGUCACCUAGUAACUUUUCACUAGUCAACACUAAACUGAAUAAACUAUUAUGUUGUGAGAAAGUACUUGGCUAGCUGACUUGGAUCAUCUCCUAGAGUUUAGGAGAAAUAACCAUCGCCAAGUUUGAAUUUGCAAAACCUUUAGGCUUUGAUGGCAGGAGAGAACAUAACACUUUUGUAUCAUAAAAUGGAUACGGAAUACAUGGGCUCAGGUAAAUUGGGCCAAAUAUUGAAGCAGAUUUGGAGACAAAACCAGAUGCUAAAGCAAGCACUCCUGGGUGAUGACCUUUGUGAGGGGCCUGGUGGGUCCACAUGGAUGGCCACUGUGGUCUUUCUGGGUCAGGAGCUCAGCGGGGCCCUCCGCCAGCUGCUGGAGCACACGGCAAGCACCCUGCAUUCCACCUGCCAGCAGCUGUGUGUGCUGCUUGACAAGGAGAAUCAAUCUAUCUGGAGACAAGAAAUCAUUACUUUCAUAGACUGCCUCAUAAAAAUAACUGAACAUUUGGGGAGCACUGCUGCACUUCUAAAGAAAGAAGAAAAGGAGAUGUGUAAUUUAUGCGGCAUGCAUGAUGAAUGUACUCCACAGCAGACAAUGUCCUCCAUUCAAGAUACGAAAGCAGCCUACAUUGCUGCAAGAGGGAAACUAAAUGCCAUAGAAACAGCUACUGUUUCUCCUACAAAUGGAGAGGAAAGUCAUUACACAAACCAGGUCCAGUUAAAAGAAAAUAAAACACACAUGAGUUCAGCAUUAGGGGAAAAAGAAAACAAUACGUCAUUCAACGGACGUGUAAUGGGGCAAGAAGAGUCACGGAACAAAAUGCUCCCAGAUAAUGCAGAAAAUGAAGAUGAAAAACAAAUAGAACACACAACUGUUGAGAACAUAAAUGGCAACAGGGAAGAGAUUCAUGGCAUAAUCCAGACAACAGAGAGAGAAAUUCAAGAGACCUCAGGAAGCCAAAGAGAAGAGAUGACCACAUCCUCAAUAUGUGAUAUCUCCAAGAAAUAUAUAAAUAGUACUCUUCCCAAUGAUUCAGAGAAUAUAAAGCACAAGCAUAACAUAAUGGAAAAGGAGUAUCUGGAUGUGCCAAGUGAUGACGCUGACCCCCAAGUGUCUUGUUAUAUCACAGCACCAUCAUACGUUCUACAACAACUAGAAUGCCGGAUAAUAAAUAACAUGAGUUCUUUAAUAGUGGGUGAUAAUGAAGAGUUAGUUAGUAAUGUCAUAAAUGUUGAAUGCUUAGAUAAGGAAAAGAGAAUUCCAUUCCCAAUAGGCAUUGCAAUUCCAUUCACUGCACGUUACAGAGGAAAUUACAGAGAUAUCAUGGUGAAGGUAUGUGACUUAAACCUUCAAUCAAGUUAUCUAAACCCAAAUUCACUGGAAGGAAUAAAGGGAGGUUAUAAGGGGACCUGUGCUGCAGUUAAAGUUUACAAAUUGGGUAUCUUUUCCGUUGUGUCUUGUUUAAAGAAAGAGUCAUUCACAGUAACAAAGAAAGGCCUCACACUUAAGUCAAGCAUGGAUUCCCGAAUAUCCUUAAAUUACCCUCCAGGAGUUUUUACCUCUCCAGUACUUGUGCAGUUAAAGAUCCAACCAGUUGACCCAGCUCUGGUGGCACAUUUAAAAGCACAGCAAGACACUUUCUACUCAGUACUAUCCACAAGCCCUCUGAUUCACAUUCAGCACCCAUCAACUUAUGCUUUUCAGAAGCCAGUCACUGUAUUUUUACCUUGUUCUCCAUAUCUUGGUAAAAACAAUCUUGGGCCUGAGAUAGAUCAUAAAAGAACAGCGAGUGCCACAACUAGUAGGAUUACACCUUCAUAUUUCAACCGGACAAAAGGUGCCUCCAUAAGAAAAUCUGGAAAAAAUACCUCUGAAUACUUGAAAUUAUUGGGAUUCAGAAGCCAAGACAGUGGUUGGUUUGGGCUUGAUAAUGUCAUUGUGAAAACCAUACAGAGCGGCUUGAUAUCAGUUGAAUUGUAUGAACAUUUAGAGAGGUUUAUUGUACUUCACCUCUCUUCCACCAUGGACAAUAGUCAUUUGGUUACUUUUGUGAAAUCUUUAGAGGAAGCCAUGCUCAGCACCACUGCCUGCAUAGUACUGUCUCACCAGAAGGACAAUCCACAUAGAAUAGCUGUUUUAGUGGUGCCUUCUAAAGAUUUAAGCCAGGUGCUUAAGAACCUGCGCUUGGAAGGGUUUGGGGGACCUCCAGAGCCAUCUCACCAUUUCCAAGUUGGAGAAGGAGAACAACUUCUUUUAAGAUUUACUGGAAACAUAUUUGCUUCAAGCAAUGGGAAGGAUUAUGGAAAAGACUACACACUUAUUUUUCACUUGCAAAGAAAAUCUAGGCUGGAACUGCAAAUCAAAGAAGUGGAUGAAUUUGGAAACUACAGCUGCCCUCAUUAUAAAGGCACCGUUGUCGUUUAUAAAGUACCUAAAGGAAAGAUAGUUCCCAACUUGAAUCAAUCUCUCGUAAUUAAUGAAAAUCUUUCUCAGUUGCCAAUUUGCAAAUUACCAUUGAGAUUGCCAAAGCAUAAGAAAUUAAUCAACCGUCCACAGAGUACCAAAAGAAUUUCUAAGGAUCCUCUAGAAGCCCUCUGGGAUAACUUGCUCCAUUGGCUGGCUGAGGAACUCUCAGAAGAAAAUGCUGAAUCGCUUUCCUCAACUCUCCCUCUGCGCCGUAGCACCAUUCAGCUCAUCAAACUCAAGAAUCCUGAUGAUCUCACAGAACAGAUCCAUGAGUUUCUUUGUUUCUGGAAAAAAUCGCUUCCAACUUUCACUGACAAACUUCGCCUCCUGGCUCGACAUCUCUGCAAGAUUGGCAGGACUGAUCUUGCAGAAGAGCUCAAAUUCAAGUGGGAAAAUAAAGUGUUCACUGCACCACAGGAGCGCUUUGAUGUAGCAGCUGAGUAAAAGCCUGAUUACUCUUCCUUUAUGCCUAGGAAAAGGCACUUGGUAGAUUUUUAAGAUUGUUUGUGUUAACAUUUUCCUAGAAGUUUCCAAAUUCUAUUAUUUGAAGUCAGUCUAUUUAAUGAUGUGCUAUUGAGAAAUCAGAUGAGACAAACGGAGAAGCACUGAUUGGACAACAGAAGGCAUUCCUGGGUAUGAGCACUUCUCUGUGGUUGAGUGAUUAUGUUUUGCAACCAUGACUGUCUUGAGUAUGCCUUCACUUAAUAGCAUUUGCAAUUGAGUUUGACUUUUUUAUAUUUUAAAAGCCAAGUAUGAAGAAAAGAUCUGAUAUAUGUAAUUACUUAUUAAUCGCUAUCUACAUAAAGUUAAAUGAGUUUUCUAUGCAAAUGUUAACCCAAAAAUACCUGAGAUAGUUCUCCAUCAAUUUAGAAAGAUUAUUUUGCUAAGGGUAAGGACAGGCCCAUAACACAGCCUCAGAAGAUCCUGAUGACAUGUGCCCAAAGUGGUUGAGGUACAGUUUGCUUUUACGCAUUUUAGGGAGGCAUAAUCCAUCAAUCAAUACAUGUAAGAUGUACAUUGGUUCAAUCUGGAAAUGUAGAACAACUCCAAGAUGGGACUUCCAGGUCAUAGGUAGAUUAAAAGAUUCCUGAUCGGCAAUUGAUUGAAAUAGCUAAUUAUCUAAAGACCUUAAAUCCAUAAGAGGGAAAUGUCAGGGCUGUGAUAAGGAGUUAUGGAAACCAAAGUUUUACCAUGCAGAUGAAGCCUCCAGGUAGCAGGCUUCAGAGAGAAUAGACUGUAAAUAUUUCUUAUCAGACUUAAGGUCUGUUGAUGUUUAUGCUGGUCAGCUUCUCCUGAAUUCCAAAAAAGAGGAGUUUUUCAGGAUAAUUUUGGACUGCCCUUAGCUGACAGGAGAGGCUUGUUCAGAUAGUUGGGGGGCUUAGAAUUUUGUUUUUGGUCUACUCAGACAACCAAUUCAAGUUACAUAGUUACGAUGGAGCCUACAGUAAAGAAUACACAAUAAAUUGGGCUGAGAAACUUGAUGUCAGUGAUAAUAAGUCACAUAAAAAAACUUUUCUAAGCUCGAAAUAAAUUAAAAAUAGAAUAACGCUUCAGCCAUUUACUGGCACAAACUUUUCCUUUAUAAAAAUGAAACUUGGAAGAGAGAAAAUUCCAUAUUUUGUUAUUAGUGAAAUGAAACAAUACAGAGAAAACAUGUUAUCAGUGAAAUAAUUCGAGGCCUAGUUCUCCCACUUAGGAAGAAAACCUGGUUUAAAAUUAAUUAACAGAAGCCAUAUUACAUAAGCUCUACAUAUACACCAUUAAAAACAAACAAAACAUCUGCAAAUAGAACACUAAACUGAAAGAAAAAAUAAAACUUAUCUAAACCCCUCUUUCUAUUGAUAAGCCCUAUUAAUGUUUAGGAUAAGCUUUGAGCUUUUGGAAAAUCUAAAGCACUUUAGCUCUCUGAAGCAGUUUGAUAGAAAUGGGACAUUGAACUAGUUUUACUGACUCAUUAAUGCAAAAUCAUUAGGUCCUUGGCUUGAAAACAUCAGUAGCAAUUAGUUUCAGUUAUUGAAUACCUAGGAAUUAAUUAAGUUAUAUUAAGAAAUUAAAUGUUUGGUUCUCAAAUUUAAAUGCAAGAUUUUCUUCCACAAAUUAGCCAGGGAUUUAGGUAUCUAUUUGGUUAUAUAUUGAAAAAGGUGAUCCCAAUUUUCAAACAUAUUCCCAUAAAGGAACAUUUUGUUAGUCAAGAUUUUUUUUACAUGUACUAAAAAGGUACAAUAUAUAUUUUCAUGUAUUCUUGGAGCAAAGAAAACAGACUAAAAUAUUCAUUGUUGUCCUGAUUACAAUCAAAUAAAAAAGUAAAGAGAAUGAAAUUUGCCUCUUA